AUGUCAUAUGGCUUGAUGGCUCUCGAUCUGCAUCGAAACAUGGCAAGAUGGGAGAACGAGGUGUUUCACGUCAUAGUCCAUCCGUGGCCCGGAGAAUCGAAUCCCCGCCUAGAUCAGACAUUCCUUGCGAUUGACGCGAAGCCGCGACGUAUCGACGAGUUACACGAAGUACAUGAACUGGGAAUUCGUCAGGAGUUAGAGAAGCUUAAGGCUGAAGUGAAGGGAGACAAGCAACUGUGCGGUAUGGUGGUCAUAACGACAGACAUCGAGAGCAUGAUAUCCAUAACGUGGCCAAUUGCAUUCACCGACGUGUUGCCCGCAAUCCCUCCGGGAGUUGAUGCGGACGAUGGAAAGAACCUCUACUUAUCAAAACCACCAUCAUCCCAAAACCAGCAUAGGGAAAUGGACUUAGCCCCGGCGUCCACUGGACCGCUUCCUUAUGGAUGGCUCAGAAAAAGUAUGAUGCAGUGUAUAAAAUAUCGCAAGCAACCGCUCUGGGACGGCGUAACCCUCUCCAAGUGCGCCAGCUGCCAAACCACACAUUAUUGUAGUAAAAGCUGCCAGAAAGCGGACUGGCCAGUGCAUAAAACCACAUGUUCGAAAUUUCGUGAUAUACUGCAAGCCGACGCCUCUGCGCCUGAAGACGCUAGGAUACAGAAAGCACUGCAUUUAUUCGCCAAUAAACACAAAUCCGUUCUAGGGACGUAUGGGGUGAUUGCUAUGGAUUUCCGAUUCGAUGUCACGCGAGGACUGCGUGAUGCUGUGGCCGUUUUCUUAAAGUACGUGCCGAACGAAAAGCGGACCGACCAGGCGUUUAAAGCGAUACACGCAGCGGUUGUACCCUUUGAACUCUUUGGGGUGGAAAGGGAAGAAUAUCUGCGCGAGGAGUCGCGCAAACUUCACGACGAGGUGAAGGGAACACGGACAAUUGGAUGCGUUUUGGUCGUUUGUUUCACUGUUGACUCAGGGUUGAUUCAUGUGUCUCCUAUGUCAUUCGGGAAUCGGGAGGGACAUGUUGACAACGGGAACGACCAGCGAUUGGAGAACUUGCUUGAUUAA